CGGCAACGGCGACAGUGCUUUCUCUCCCUCAUGGAAACAACUUUUCUUUUGAAGGCAAGUAAAAGUAGAGCAACGCAGGGGGCGGCCUUGCGUUUGUGGUCGUUACUCUGUCGCCUAUUUAUCAAACUACGUGUUCGUCGUUCGGUGUGCUGAAUUACUGACCCUGCCUCUCGCAUCCUCGAGCCUAGAGGUGUCGGCUGGGUUCUUCACGGUUUUCCGCGUGCGCCGUCGUCGCCGUCCACGCCUACUCCGAAACUUUACGAGAGAAGCAUAUCGACCGCAUACCGACACGUUUUUUUCACUGAAAGUCAACUCAAUGGCGGAGGUACGUUUUGUCGUGUGCCGUUCACCUUUUCGAUGCAAUGCUCUACGUUUCUCUCUGCUGUGCGCCGCCCCGGUGUCUUUUCUCGGGAUGGGCUACAUGGUAUAGCUUUCUUAGGUUUUUUACUUCACGCAGUGACUUCCUCUGUUUAAAGAACGUUAGGAAUGCGAUACUUUGUAGAUAUGGCACCAUGGCAAGUCGGGAACCGCAGGAGCGAACCACUUAUGCUGUAGUGGUGCCGCGAUCGUUCCGGCUUUUGGACGAGCUGGAGAAGGGCCAAAAGGGUCAAGUGGCGGAAGGUGUAUCGUUCGGACUGGAGGAAGCGGAUGACAUAUCGCUUACAAAGUGGUCAGGAACCAUCUUCGGGCCCCCAGGGACGGCGUUUGAAAACAGAAUUUACUGCGUCAGCAUCAACUGCGGCCCGAGUUAUCCUGAUGAGCCACCUGAGGUCUGCUUCCGGACUCGCAUCAACAUGCACUCCGUAGACCCAAAUGGAGUGGUUCUGCGUAGCAGUUUCCCGUUGCUGCGGGCGUGGCAGCGACAUUACACUUUAGAUCUCCUUUUGACGGCUCUGCGCCAGGAAAUGGCUGCCCCUGCUAAUCGACGGCUUCCCCAACCACCUGAGGGAGACAUGUAUUGACGAGGAGGCGAGAAACGAGAAAGAAACUUUGUUUUCGCACAACAGAGGUAGAUUUACUAGACUACUGAAGGUAGACGAGAAACAGCCGAGGAUUACAAAUAAGGUGUUCUCUCUGGGGAUGAAGUACGGAAAGAUGGAGAGGAGGCAGAGAAUGCGAAAAGAGAAGAGGUGGUGCACACGAGCGUUUUCGUAGAUCGCACUGCGCCAUCAUCGCGCCCCGCCACGGCGUGUUGCAUCGUGAAAAGUGCUGACGCAGUUGGGAUUGGAGCGCCUCCCCCAAGACUAUUCGGAAGAUCGAAGCGUCACCUUCACAGUUUGGCGUUUCCCCGUUUGUUUUUUCAUGCGCCUUUCUUUUGUGUCGCGGCGAAAGACACUGCUCACUCGUUGUCUUCAAGGCCCGCUGGCUCGACACACCCGCUUUAAGUGGAAUGUCAAAACGCAAGCAAAGCCGUGCAUUUGCGUCCUCGGGUGCGGAUGUUCAUUUUGCCGGUGGCUGUAGACAACGUUGUGAAGCCGUCUUCAUGUGAGCAAGCAGUCAGGGCAAACUGCGGUUUUCGUUGCCAAUGUUCGGUUCUCCGUUUUCACUGAUGCGCCUUAAGGGGCCGCGGACUGUCCUGGCACAUACGGUCCCCCCAGGAAGAUAGCCACGGACCGCAUUUGUGGGAUACCACACGCUCUACCUCAGCCAACGCGUCAUCAGACGUCUCUCAAUUAAGACAGCAGUGGUGGUGAACGAGGAAAUGGAUAUGACAGACAGCAGCACAGACUUAAACAUCUUGCUCUUUACUCGGCGGUUACUUCGCACUCAAGGUACUCUGAAUAUCAGGCACAGCUCGCGGUUGUCGCAAAUAGUGUUGAUUCCCUGGCUUGCGGAGCAACGCUUGGUGUUCGGAUUCUGCUGUGUACGCCAUGCAUGCAUCGUCCGUGUGCUUCCUUGCACACUUAGCAGCGCCGCGUGUACUCAACAGUAGUGUCCGGUCCAGUACCACAUACGAAGAGCGACAUGCCGUCCCCAUCAAGGACAGAGCUUCAACCAGUAGAAUCACUGAUGCGGCUCGCGACUUAUCGUGGGCACUGUAGUCUUCCUUUUCCUCAGGUGCAUAUCUUCAGUCCGUGCUCAACCACGGCGGUAUACUACCCAUUUGCAUGUAUACCUUGUAUUGGAACCACCGAUCGCUGCGACUGCGGCGAUGCGAGGAACACAGCACAUUUGCUCGGCAGUAUCUCCGAUGCCCGUGGGACAACGGCUGAAUUCGUCAGGUGGAAGCGGACACAUUGGGAUGCCGUAGUGCUUGUCGCUUACUCAUUUUCAUCCCCUUCACACCAAAGUUUCUUCCCGGUCUGCUGGAAGAAUCUCAAUAUUCUGCUCACGCCCGAGAGACACAGGCCUGAUAGUUUCCAAGACUUCUCUCGUUUGGUCGGUCCGUAGCAUGUACAGGUAACCCAGAAAUUAGCGUGAUGCCGUAGGGAGGGGGGGGGGCGAAUUCACUUGUCAACAGCAAUACUGCAAGUUUCUGCACACUGCCACGACCCAUCUUUUCUCCCCUGUCCUUCUGUGCAACAAAGGUGGCGGACAUUACGUGCAGAGUUCCAGAAUGGCAUUCACUCACCUAAACAUCACAGGAAAGCCUGUUCUUAAAUCUCCUACAGUCAUCGGAAAGGCGAGCAUCCCCGGCCUAGGACUGGGACUUCAUGGCUUUCGUCGGUGCCAUUCAUACACGCCACGUUUCGUAAACUCAGGGGGGUUCAAAACACAGCCAAAGUCUGUAGAGGAUGUGAAGGUGGAAUGCCAAAUGCCUUACUUGUGUCGCGUGGAUUGUCUUCGCUAACAGCAAUCGCAUGACGGGCUGCCACUGCUGAACAUUUACGACUUCGUUUAUGGCGUGGCACACUGCUACCUAACGCAUUUCACGAUAUAGUCUACGACAAACUGAUUUAGUGUUCCACUUGCUGCAUCUCUCACCAGAGACCCUUGCUUGCUGUGUAUAUAUCAUAUUUGUUGUGUAAGGGGCAUGCAUUCUUGUCACUACCUAGUGAUGUGCAGCAUCCCACUUGACUUCGACGAAGAGCAGGUAUACCGUCCUCCCGUGAAACAAAGCUGAGAGUUCCCUGUGUCCUCGAAGAAACACACACCAUAGACAGUAACGCCGUGUGGAAAGAGAAAGUAAAUUGUGGUACGGAAAAGGGGCAAAAACGACAAACGGAUGACGUUUGUUGCAAAGGAUGCUUGCAGAAUGGCAUGUCAAUAGAACGGCCUCCGCUACCGAUUUGUUGCGAGGACCCGCGUCAUAUUCGUUGUGAACAUUUCUUCUCUAGCGCAAUAAUUUUAUGAAUUCAUGGCAACAAGC